AUGGAUCCCAAGCCAGGAACCGAGCCCAUCAGCAUCCUCGGGCUUAUCCUGGGCAUCGGCCUGGCCUUGCUGCUCCUGGGCAUCCUUGGCUACACCAUUCUGAAGUGGUACCUGAGAGGACCAGCCUGGCAUCGCCCUAACUUUGUUUUCAACCUGUAUCACAUCCGCAGCCUGAAGUCUGUGGAAGUGGAGCUGGCCCCGCCGUUCACAGUCAGCGGCUCCAUGAGCGACAUGGGAAGUGGCUACAUGCGGUUCCAUGACAGGAACAUGUGA